UCAGGAAUGAGCAGCACGGCCUCCUCCGUCCAGCGCGGCUGCCGACCGCCAUCACCGGCCGCUGGGUUCCAGGGAGAGGCGAGGCCCCGCCGGGGACUCUUUUUCGUGGCGGAAGCUGUUGCCGGCCGUGGCCUCUUCACGACGGGGGAGGUGCUGUACGUCCAAGAUGGCGGCGCCCUGUAGGCUGGAGGGACUGUGAGGGACCAUGAGAGACGCCAGGCUGACAGCACUGGAAACCGAAUUACCAAUUGUCCUCAGAACAGUCUGGUAGUGGCACCAAUGAAGAGCCUCCAGCAUCUGUAACGAACGUCCUGGACCCGGCACAGCACGUCUGUGAGAAAAUGGCCCAACAAGCCAACCUCGGGGAGCUGCUCUCCAUGCUGGACUCCCCCGUGCUGAGCGUGCGCGAUGACGUCACGGCCAUCUUUAAAGAGAACCUCAGUGCUGACCGGGGGCCGAUGCUUGUGAACACCUUGGUGGACUAUUACCUGGAAACCAGUUCUCAGCAAGUAUUGCACAUCCUGACUACCUUGCAAGAGCCACACGAUAAGCAUCUCUUGGACAAAAUGAAUGAAUAUGUGGGCAAAGCCACCUCUCGGUUAUCCACGCUCUCGUUACUGGGGCACGCCAUCCGGCUGCAGCCGCCCUGGAAGCAUAAGCUCUCUCAAGCACCUCUCUUGCCUUCUCUGCUAAAAUGUCUCAAGGUGGACACUGAUGUCAUCGUCCUCACGACCGGCGUCCUGGUGUUGAUAACCAUGCUGCCCAUGAUCCCCCAGGCAGGCAAGCAGCACCUCCACGACUUCUUUGACAUCUUUGGCCGCCUUUCGUCGUGGUGCCUAAAGAAACCAGGCCACGUGGCGGAAAUCUACCUGGUCCAUCUCCACGCCAGCGUCUAUGCCCUCUUCCAUCGCCUCUACGGGAUGUACCCUUGCAACUUCGUCUCCUUCCUCCGCUCCCACUACAGCAUGAAGGAGAACAUGGAGACCUUUGAGGAAGUGGUCAAGCCAAUGAUGGAGCAUGUGCGGAUUCACCCGGAACUGGUGACCGGAUCCAAGGACCAUGAACUGGACCCCCGGAGGUGGAAGAAGUUAGAAACCCAUGAUGUUGUAAUCGAGUGUGCCAAAAUCUCUCUGGACCCUACAGAAGCCUCGUAUGAAGAUGGCUAUUCUGUGUCCCACCAAAACUCAGCCCGCCUUCCCCCUCGUUCAGCUGACGUCACCGCAAGCCCUUAUGUGGACACACAGAAUAGCUUUGGGAGCGUGACUUCCACCCCUCACUCCGUGUCCCGGCCGAUGUCCAGCACGCCAGGGCAGCUACCUCCGCCUCUGAGUUCCCCUGCGCCGCGGCUGUCAGCUGAGGCCCCGCAAGCUACUCUCUGGAGCCCAUCUCUCAUGUGCGGCAUGGCCACGCCGCCCACCUCUCCUGGAAACGUGCCGCCUGACUGCCCCCAGCCCUACAGUAAAGCCUUCGGCGCCCCCGGUGGAAAAGGAACUCCCUCGGGAACCCCGGCGACCUCUCCUCCGCCCGCCCCGCUCUGCCACUCGGAUGACUGCGUGCACGUCCCACUCCCCCCGCCCACCGCCGCACCCCCCCGGAAGGAGGAGAGAACAGAUCCGGCCCGGCCCUGCCUGCACAGACAGCACCAUCUUCCCAACGACCGCGGUCUAGAAGAACUUCCUGGCGGCAAAGGUGCUGUCACUCUCAGUGACCUUCCAGGGUUCCUGGGCGGCCUGGCCUCCGAAGAAGACAGCGUUGAGAAGGACAACGAAGAAGCGGCAAUUUAUAAGGAACUUUCUGAGAUCACGACGGCCGACACCGAGCCCCUGGUUCCUCGAGGAGGCUUUGACUCUCCCUUCUACCAGGACAGUCUCCUGGGCUGUCCGAGGAAGACCCCGUCAGCCACCACCAGCGCUCAGGGCGCCAGUGUGCACCCCGAGCCUCUCAACGCGUCCCUGGACAAGCUUGGGCCUGACACACCGAAGCAAGCCUUCACCCCCAUUGAGCUGCCCGGCGGGGGCCGCGACCAGAGCCCUGCCGGGAGAGGGGAGCACCAGACGCCUCUGGAGACCAGGAUCCUCACGCCCAGCCCCUUCAGAGUUCCGUCUCAGCGGGGCGCGGGCUUUGGGAGCGGGCAGCCUCCUCCCUACGAUCAUCUUUUUGAGGUGGCACUGCCCAAGACUGCCCAUCAUUUCGUCAGCAAGAAGACCAAGGAGCUCGCGAAGAAAAUGCCAGGGAACGCAGAGGAAGCCUGUGCGCCCUCUGCCUCCCCGCUGGAGGUGCUGGACAGGCUGAUCCAGCAGGGCGCCGACGCGCAUGGCAAGGAGCUGAGCAGGUUGUCUUUACCCAGCAAGUCUGUCGACUGGACCCACUUUGGAGGCUCUCCUCCCUCAGAUGAGAUCCGCACCCUCCGUAACCAGCUGCUUUUACUGCACAACCAGUUGCUCUACGAGCGCUUUAAGAGGCAGCAGCACGCCGUCCGGAACAGGCGGCUCCUCCGCAGGGUGAUCAGGGCGGCCGCUCUGGAGGAGCACAACGCGGCCAUGAAAGACCAGCUGAAGUUACAAGAGAAAGACAUCCAGAUAUGGAAGGUCAGUCUGCAGAAGGAGCAGGCCAGGUACAGCCAGCUCCAGGAGCAGCGGGACACGGUGGUCGCCCAGCUGCACAGCCAGAUCAGGCAGCUGCAGCACGACCGGGAGGAGUUCUACAACCAGAGCCAGGAGCUGCAGACGAAGCUGGAGGACUGCAGGAACAUGGUGGCAGAGCUGCGCCUGGAGCUGAAGAAGGCCAACAGCAAGGUGUGCCACACGGAGCUGCUGCUCAGCCAGGUGUCUCAGAAGCUCUCCAACAGCGAGUCGGUCCAGCAGCAGAUGGAGUUCCUCAACAGGCAGCUGCUGGUGCUCGGGGAGGUCAACGAGCUGUACUUGGAGCAGCUACAGAACAAGCACUCGGACACCACCAAGGAAGUGGAGGUGAUGAAGGCUGCGUAUCGGAAGGAGCUGGAGAAGCACAGGAACCACGCGCUCCAGCAGAGCCAGCGGCUCGACACCUCCCAGAGGCGGGUUUUGGAUCUGGAAGCUCAGUUGGCCAAGAAAGACCACCUUCUCGUGGAGCAGAAGAAGUACUUGGAGGACGUCAAGCUCCAGGCCAGAGGCCAGCUGCAGGCGGCGGAGAGCAGGUAUGAGGCUCAGAAACGGAUCACCCAGGUGUUUGAGCUGGAGGUCUUAGACUUGUACGGCAGGCUGGGGAAAGAUGGCCUCCUGAAAAAACUUGAAGUUGAAAAAACAGAAGCAGCGGAAGCAGCAGAAGAAAGGCUGGACUGCUGCAACGACAGCUGCUCGGAUCCUGUGAGAGGGCACAGCGACACGGUGUCUGGCCACAACGGGGAGACCAGGCCCCCCCGACCUGGCAGCACCCGGGGCGGCGGAGGCAGAGGCGGCGGGGGCAGCAGCAGCAGCAGCAGCAGCAGCCAGCUCUCCACACCCGAGAAGCCCCCGACCCAGAGGGCAGGCCCAUUCAGCAGCCGCUGGGAAACCGCCACGGGCGAGCCCUCCACCAGCAUCCCCACGACGGUGGGCUCCCUUCCGAGUUCCAAAAGCUUCCUGGGCAUGAAGGCACGAGAGCUAUUUCGGAACAAGAGCGAGAGCCAGUGCGACGAGGACGGGGUGACCAUCAGCAGCCUUUCUGAGACGCUCAAGACGGGCGUGGACGUGGGCAUGGAGGCCAAGACCCCCCUGAGCCCCGAUGGCCCACGCCCAGCGCCUCCCAGCCCGGACAGCGUCGGACAGCUCCGCAUCAUGGACUACAACGAGGCUCACCAGGAGCACAGCUAAGCUGGCGGCCAAUCAGUGUUAACUCCUUAGACGUAGACAGAGGGCGGGUGUGUCCGAGGUUGCUGCUCCCGGGGCGUGAGAGGCCGGCUCAGGGCGGAAGUGGGAUGGAGGCCUUUUGACAGCUGCCUGAAUGCGGAACGGUUUUUGGAUCUGGCGUUGAAAUGACCUUCCCUCCCGCCUCCCCCGUUGACCUCGCAGCGUGUACUAACCGAGGGCGUUUGCAUUCCUCACCGCUUGGUUUUCUUCCUCCCCACAAGGCUGUGUCCUUUGAACCAGUGCAAUAUGAGGCCAAAUCUCUAACACCACUCCUCCCUGAAGCCCGGAGAGCUGGGCCGCGCCGUUAGCCAGGGGGCAGGUGGCACCAGGGAACCUGCUGCUCGCCCUCGCCAGGUGGCAGGCAGUGUGUAAGCUGACGUCUUUUUUGCUGGUUUUGGUUCUGAAGUUCAGCAUCUAAAUCAGUGGGUUAAGAACAACGGUUUGGUCCCUUUCCGUCCUGGCGGUUCCGAUAAGCUUCCUAGAAGGUUCUGUGUGAACAAAGGUUGGUUGGAAAGUCGGAGCUGGCGCUAUGGGGACCGGGUGCCCUUUGGGACGCUCUGUCCCCUUCCCCACUACCUCUUAUUUAUUUGGUGUUUGCUUGAAAGCUGGUACUGGUCUGACCACGGCUGGUGUGGGCACGCCUGCUGUCUGCAGGCGGAAGGGUGGUGGGGAGGAGCCGCCCUCCAGACAGGGCUGUGCUGGCGGAGCCUGGGUGGCAGUCCGUCCGUGUGUCCUGGGCACCUCUGUGUCAGCUGCCCUGUGGCGCUGCAGCAGGACGGCUCUGAUGGGCCCAGAGCUGCCCCUCAGCCCACGUGACCUUGUUUCUCAGGCUUCAGAGCUCCUCACUAAGUAGGUUCUAGGCCACCAAAAAGGUGACAGCUUUUACACCGGUUCGGGGACCCCGGCCGCCGUGUGCUCAGGGCAGGGGCACGCCCCGGCCAGAGCGCUGGGUAGCAGAGCAGAACUGGGCAGAUGUGCCUGAAAUAAACUCCGGAAGCCUGAGAAUUCUUGCCUGGUGUUCAGUGGUGGGGGGUGGGGCUGGGAGGGGGGAGGCACUGCUGCUUUCUGUGCCGGAGUCGCAGUCGGCCACAGAUGGGAAAGGCACCCCCGCAUGGGAUGGGGAGUUCUGUCAGAGGGCAGUGGACGCCCUGGCUCCCUCCGCAAGGGGCUGGGCGGUGAGGCCCACGUCCUGUGCUGUCAGGACAGGACAGGGUCUGUGGGCGUGACUGACUGGCCUCGGCCUGGCAGAGGCUGUCGGGCCCCGCACCACCUGUUUAUCUGGUGCCCCGAGGAAGCUGGACAUCCAGGACAUGCCAGUGCCUGGCUCAGCCUCCGAGGAGAGCCGAGCUGCAGGGUAGCUGGCCAAUCCCAAGGCCCGUCCUGAAUGCUUGUCCCGCCCACGCUCAGGAGAUGGGGACACCAGUCGCCUGUCACUGCAUUUCUCCCACUGGCUGGCAGGGGCGAGGAGGCGCAGGGGAAGGAAGGAGAACAGUUCUAAAAGUGGCAGAUUGCGAAGGGCAGGGAGGCGGGGGCAGCGUGAUGAAGGGGCUGAGGCUCCACGGAGGUCUCUGUGCCACCCCUGGCAUGACCCUCCCGCCCGGUGCCUGCCCAGGUUUACAGCCGCCCUGAGCCUGAGGAGCUGCGCUCCGACCCCUCGGUUGUGGGGGCCGUGGGUUUCAUGCUUCCGAGGCUCCGGGUUGGGGCCUGGAGUCACGUGGCAGUGACCCAGCCACAGAGCAUGGGCGUUGGUGUUGCAGAGGCCUCCGCCGCCAGCUUUGUGGGGUUUGGAACGGAUAAACCUGCAAGAGGCAGCAGGCGGCCCGACGCCGAGCAUCCUCCGGGGCAGGAGGCCAGCCUCAGUCAGCCCUGGGGGUGGGUGCUGGCCGGAGCCUGGGCCGACGGUGCUGGGGCGUCCCGGGCCGGCUGGGCGGCCCCCGGCCCGUCACCGGGCACGCUGCCUGAGCUCUGUCAUGUCCUGGUCCCCCCGACACUGACCCGGCGGCACAGGCCUGAGGGGACCGCACUACAGGACCCCUGGGGAGUCGGGGAGACAGCAGCAUGGUCUCCACGGGCAGUCGCCCCUGAAUCCGCGGCAGGUCACUUAGCACAGGUUCUGUGACAGACGCGAAGCCAUGGGCUUAAAAGGCUUUGACCAGGUCCUGCCGACACGUAGGAACACUUACUGAGGGGUGGGAAGCAGCGCUGGCGUGAGGGGAAGCUGCCCGAGUGCACAGGCGGGGGGCCGUGCCUGGCAUAGAGGGCUUAGGCUCCUAUGAGAGGCGGUGGGUGGACGUGACCUCCCUGGGCCUGUCGGCAUUUUUCAGGAGAGAAACUGCCAGGCCUUUGGGAAUACGCUGCUGGCGGUCCUUGCUAGGCUGUGAGUGGACAGAAGCGGUAGGUGAGCCGCUCUGGGAGCCGGAAUGUGUGUAGGCCUUCGGGGAAAUGGUCGUCGGAAGGUGGGCUGUUACGGUCCAGGACCAGGUCCCAGGAGCCACUGACAGCGGGGCAGCAGCCACAGCUCCACGCCCAGCCGGCCCGUUGGCAGCAGCACCGGUUCCUGGUGUUGCUGUCGAGAAAGACGGAGCCGCUGCGUAGGCCAGGGGUGGCGUGCUGGUGGCCAGGAGAGGGUGUGAGCGGGGCGGAGACUGACAGACGCGCUCUGACUGCCCAGGGCAAGUGCACCAAACACCGGAGCAGGCCGCUGGCAGGAAAUACCGUAGACCCAACGAAAGAAGGUGCUGCCCCGUUUUCCGAAUUCGAGCGCUUGGGGGGGGGGGGGGGGAGUGUGGCCGGUUUAAGGAGGGUUGGAGGCCGUGCAGGUGGCGGGCCGCCCCUUGUGUACAGACGGGGUCCCUGGAGCAGCUCGGCCCCACCCAGGAGUGUGUGACCCAGAUCACGUCUCUGCUGCAGUUCCACUCCUUGCGGCACGUGCUUGAAAACCGACCGCAGUGAGCAGUGAGCAGUGAGCGUUGGUCGGUGAAUCCGGCCUGAGGAGGUGUGUGCGUCUGUUUACAUUCAGAGUUAGAGACCCCGUUCCUCCCCCCUCUCCCCCUCUCCCCCACCCCCCACCCCGGAACUGACUGCCCUCCAUUAAGCCUUUCUCCAGCGUGAAGGAACCUGAGGUCCCGGCCUGGCCCCAGCUGCUGCUGUGACCCUUGUCCCCAGGUGGUUCCUGUCUCCUCCAUGACUCGGAUGUGCCCGGGAGAGCGUGUUUCCGCCCUUUCCGUGCCAUCUGCAGUCCUUACCACUUGCCCGAGAGAGAGUGGCUGGAGGGACACGGGACACCUGCCUGGGACAGUCAAGCACCUGCGCCCACAACUGCUUUGGCCUUGAGUUGAUGAAGGCAGAGGCACGUUCUCCCCUUCCCCUCCUCUCCCUCCCCUUGCUCCCCUCUGCUCCCCUCUCCCAGGGCCACAAAAAUGUCCCUGCUCUGGCCCAGGGGCAGCUGGCCCGUUGGGAGGGUCUCCCAGGGAUGCCCUGAGAGUCUGCAGCGGGCGCUCUGGCUCAGGAGGCAGCCGGGCACGUGGCUCUAGGAAGGCCCAGGGAUCACUUCUGAGACGCCGUGGACCGCAGACACCUACGGAGGAGCGGACCGGCCGACCAGACCUCAUUCUGUAGCUCAGGCCUGAUCCAGCGCGUGCGGCUGGCCUCCAGGGAGGAAGAAGGGUCUCGUCACUGCAAGUGGGUUUUAAACGGACUGCUUUUAGUUACAUUUUAAAAGUCAUCUCUUGUCAAAGGGGUUAAACCUUCCCGCCUCGAGUGAAAGCAUGUCACACAAUCCGCAUCUGACGCCGUCCACGUCCACGUGAACUGCAGGAGCUGGAACAGGCAGCCAGUGGGACUGGAAUCCAAAGGGUUUGCUGUCCUUAGGGUGUUCUCAGACGUCAAGGCAGUUGCUUGUGUUUAACUGUGAACAAAUAAAACUUUAUCGUUUUGCACUA